AUGCAAGCUAAUCAAAGCAAGGCUUCUCACCUCAUCGUGUCAGACUGGCUCCCCAAGCGACAAGUCUCCAGAACGAAACGAGCCCUCUCCAAGCUCAAGCAUUACCUCAGGCUUUCUAAAGCGCGCUCACCAGAUACCGCUGCAUCUGUGACAACUAUCAAUUCGAGUCCGUCGCGUACUGUCGUCGCCCCAAGAAGCUCGGUGCCGGCAUCUGUGCCCGAGGGGUCACAAUUCAAUGCGCCGCUGGAAAGUCUCCCUGCUGAAAUCCGGCGUCAGCUCCUUUCCACACUCAAGUUCGAAGAGUUGCGUGCUUUGGUCUUGGCAUCUUCGGUCCUCCACCGGCAGUACCUGCGAGAUCGCCGGUAUCUGCUCUGCAAAUGCUUGGAGACGACCUUGUAUGGCGCCGUUGUUGACGCCUUUGCCGUCUAUCAGUCCAGCUCUGCCGAUUUCUCCAACUCGCGUACACGUUAA